UCCAUUCAGCAGCUGAGGCCACUACCGCGUCACAAACCAAAAUGCCGCCCAAACUCAACCACAGAGCCGCCAUAAUGGCUGCAAUGCUGAGGAAGGCCCUGAGCUUUGACUGGUCCACGCGGGUUUGCCGUCCCGUCGCCGGACGCUUCAGAGUCCAGAGAACCGAGAGGCAGCAGAUGGAAACAACCAGCAGGGCGAACUAUGAGGAAGAAAUACAGAACCACCAGCAGGUCUCGCUGCUCCAGCAACAGCGGAACCGCCAUAAUGACGUAGAGCAGCCAGACAGCAGCUGCAGAAAGGUUUCUGAUCGUGGCUCCGCCCGAGGAUUUGAGCCCGAGGUAAACGACCGGAUGGACCACAGGGACGAACAGCUCCAUGCAGGUCAGCAUGUGGAACUGGAUUUUCACACAAAACGUGGAAAAGAAGAUCGUGACGACCUCAAAUAUUACCCAGGGGACGUCAGCGUGCUGGCCGAUACUUAUGUAGACACACCCCAGGACCUGAACCAUCUCCAUGGCAACCAUGUGGUACGUGAAGACGUCCGACUGACCGGACGAAACCUCCGGCCGCCGCCGGCAGCCCAGAGCGACCACGGCGACGAAGAGAGGCAGAAGAAGAGCGAGGCUGACGGAAAAGUCCCAGCAGGGCUUCGCUUGUCGCUCCGGUUCCUGCAGCUCGGUAGUUUUCCUUCUCGGUGCAGAAACAGGAGCGGAAGAACAAAACUGCUGGGCAGCGACAUCAGCUCUGCACACUGCGCCGAGAAGCAAUCAGCGUUUCCAUCAUUAACCACGGACCUUUUAACGGCUUCACAGACCGACAAGCCGCCUAAACUCUGCAGCAGCACCGCCAGGAUGAGCAGGAUGGUGUAAAACACUCUGAGCUUUGACUGGUCCGCCUGCUCUCUGUCUCUGCUGCGGGCCGGACUCUGCCGCUUCAGAGUCCAGAGAACCGAAACGCAGCAAAAACAAAUGAUAAA